AUGAAGCUCUUCUUGCUGCUCCUCUGCCUCACAGCGCUGGCCCCUGCCAGCUGCAACCUGCUUCAGUUCGGGUCAAUGAUUAAGCACAAGACCGGGAAAUCAUGGGUGUCCUACAACGGUUACGGCUGCUACUGCGGAUGGGGGGGAUCCAAACAGCCCCUGGAUGCAACCGACUGGUGCUGCCAUGCCCACGACUGCUGCUACAAGAAGUUGACUUCCUCUCACUGCAGCCCCAAAUUUGUCAAGUACCAAUUCUCCACCCAGGGAAGCCAGAUAAUCUGUGGAUCUGGGACUUCGUGUGAAAGACAGACCUGCGAGUGCGACAGGCCUGUCCGCUGA